AGCGUGAGAGGAGCUCGGUGGAGAGCAGCAAUUGCUGGCAGAGCUCGGGAGCGCGUGGACUUCGGGCAGGACUUCGCCCGCGGGGGAGGGAGGGGGGGAGGGAAAGCAGCGGCAGCCUCGCCUCCCACAACAUCAAGCCGGCUUUUAUUUUAUUUUUCCCCCCCCCUUUGCUUUUUUCAAAAAAGAAAAAAACAACAACAACACCCUUUGGCUGAACGCUGCUUUGUUUUAUUCUCCUUUGCUCCCCUUUCUCUCGCAUCCUGCCAAACAAAGGAAACAGAAGGAAUUCCGAUUUGCGGGAGACAUGCGUUCCAUCAGGAAGAGGUGGACUAUCUGCACGAUAAGUAUCCUCCUGAUCUUUUACAAGACAAAGGAGAUUGCAAGAACCGAGGGGCACCCGGAGGCGCAACCCAGCGGAGAUGGUGAGCAAAGUUUAAGUAGAUCAAUGGUCAAUAGCUCCGAUAAAAUAAGCCGGAAGAGUGGCUCUUCAGUGUUCCAGCAUUCUGUAGAAAGAUGGAAAAUCAAUUCCUCCUUGGUGCUGGAAAUAAGGAAGAAUAUUCUUCGAUUCUUGGAUGCCGAAAGAGACAUCUCAGUCGUCAAAAGCAGUUUCAAGCCUGGAGAUGUAAUCCACUAUGUGCUAGACAGACGUCGUACACUAAACAUUUCUCGGGAUUUGCAUAGCCUCCUUCCUGAAGUUUCUCCAAUGAAGAAUCGUCGAUUUAAGACAUGUGCUGUUGUAGGAAAUUCUGGCAUCCUUCUGGAUAGUGGGUGUGGAAAAGAGAUUGACAGCCAUGAGUUUGUUAUAAGGUGCAAUCUAGCUCCUGUGGUGGAGUUUGCUGCAGACGUGGGAACUAAAUCAGAUUUUAUUACCAUGAACCCAUCAGUUGUACAAAAAGCAUUUGGAGGCUUUCGGAAUGAGAGUGACAGAGAAAAAUUUGUGCAUAGACUAUCUAUGCUGAAUGACAGUGUCCUUUGGAUCCCUGCUUUCAUGGUCAAAGGCGGAGAGAAGCAUGUGGAGUGGGUUAAUGCAUUAAUCCUUAAGAAUAAAUUGAAAGUGCGAACUGCCUAUCCAUCACUGAGACUUAUUCAUGCUGUCAGAGGUUACUGGCUAACCAACAAAGUUUACAUCAAGCGACCCAGCACUGGACUCCUUAUGUAUACCCUCGCAACGAGGUUCUGUGAUGAAAUUCACCUUUAUGGAUUCUGGCCCUUCCCAAAGGAUAUAAAUGGAAAACCAGUCAAAUAUCAUUAUUAUGAUGACUUAAAGUACAGAUACUUUUCAAAUGCCAGUCCCCAUAGGAUGCCAUUAGAGUUUAAAACACUGAACAUGUUACAUAAUAGAGGAGCACUUAAACUGACCACAGGGAAAUGUAUACAGCAAUAAUGCACUAGUCAAGUAUCAAGAGAAAUACAGGAAAUUCAGAUUUUAUAGAACAGCAGUGGGAUCCAAGCAGUGGAUAUAGCCCAGUGCACUGUACCAAGCCAUCAGAACAUAAGGAAGUGCAUCAAGUCUCUAUUACCAGCUGUUGUUUUACCUGUUGAAGUGCUAAAUCUUGAGUGCAAUGUUUCAAGUAAGUGCCACUUUUCCUAAGAACAAAUCUUGAAUGUAUACAAUCAGUAGUGUUUACAAGAUCCAACAAUGCAUUCAUCUCUUGUUAAAGAAGCAAAUGAUUUGCUCACUGCUCAUUUGCCUCCGCACAAAGUCCAAAGGAAUACCCAGGCAUUGAAACGAAGUGAAGUCGAGGUGGAAUUUGGAGAGCAGUGGAUCAUAUCUCAAAGAUCAAACAAGACAUCUUGGUCGGAGGAAUGCCUAACUUUGUAUUAUAACCUCUUCCUCUUUUUCUUUCCUGUUUUUCAGAUUGUCAUGCAUUUAUCAUAGUGUUUGGGUAUUGGAACUCUGUAAGGGAUUUUAAAAAGACAAUAAUAUGAACAUUCUAAGUGAACUUCAAGAAGUGGUCUUAGAGGAAUGUCUUAUUUAAAAAAAAACAAAAAACGAAGUCAAAAUCGAUAUUGUAUCAUCUUGUUCAGCUUAACCUUAAUUAAAGUCAAAACUGGCUCCAUGGGAAGGCUUGUUGAUGCUGUGGUAUGCAGAGCCAUUCCCCUGGUUUUGCAGGUCACAGAAGGUACUCUACGGUAGCCUUAACCACUGACAGGAAGAUGUGGUGCUGGCAAGAAUGAUACUUAAUUAUAAAUCCUUCUUUUAGACAAAGUGGAUGGUGGAAAAGUCCUCUUAGAGAGACUGUUUUGAGCAGUAUUUUUUUUAAAAAAGUAUAAUUUGAGUAUUAGGGCUUAAGAAUUUCCCAGUUGCUUUAUGUGCCACGCAGGGUCGCCGUAUCAGUGAGAUGUGCAGCAUAGAAAUUUAAUAAUAAUAAAAAAUGUGCUUCUGUUGGAGGGAUUGAUAAAUACAUGUUCAAAUAAAAAAACAUUCUUCCUGGUUUGUUCUGUUUUAAAGAAAAAGCAGUUGUAAGAUCCUGAUCCAGAUGGUAUGUUUCAUAUCGGGGCUCAUGCAUCUAUUCUCAAUUAUUUUUUGCCUCAGACAGCAGCAACCGAAGGAAAAAUUUUCAAACAGAGGCUGGCUUAUACCCUGAAAUCCGAGAGGGAACAUGUUCUGGCUCAGGGCUUCGUAUGGUUUUGACUUCAAACUGUCAUUUUGAAAACAACUAUUUUAAGCAUGUUUUUAAAGCACAUUCAUGAUAAUAAAUCAUAUGGUUAAGGUCAGGAGUAUGGGGAGACGAUGACAAAGGGUAAGGUUUUGAUUGUGUGGCUGCAGCCACAAUAUUGACGUUUUUUGGACUGUUACCGCUUCUGCCAUGGCCUCUAAUAGACAAGUUAGAUGGAGAAGAAAUCCAUGUAGUUUGGCCCUAUGGCAUAAAUUAAUCAUCUUCAAAGCAUUUCAUAUUUUGAGCAGUUAUUAAAGCAAGAUUGUUUCCUUGUAUGGCAUAUGAAAAGAAUACCAUUAACAAGCAGGUGCCCUUACAUUUGGUACCAAAGAUUAUGCUGAUUUUUGUAAUUGAUGUAUUUAUUUACCUUGUAUUUACAAAAACAUGUACAUUUAGUGCUAUCACUGUGUUGUUGUACUGCUGAGGAAAUUGUUUUCAAUCAUCUCUGUUUCCGUUAACUUAGUAGUUAGAUUCUGUUCAAAUGACAAAUUCCUUAACUUGUCUUGGGUCUGUUUUUGAAUAUUUUAUUGAAUAUUGAAUAUUUUAUAAACAGCAAAACGGAGUCUUCUUCCUUCUUAAUUAGAAUGUGCCCAUAACUUUCAUUAAUCAAAAUAGGAUAAUAGAAAUAAUGAAAAGGACAUUAAUAUUUAUUUCAGAUUCUGUACUGGCAGCUUUCCCCACUAUUUCUAGUUUCUUUACAGUAUAUUCACUAUAGUGCUGGACAAUAUCCCUGGUUUUUUUGACCUAAUAGUAAUCUGAUAAAUAGUAAAUGAAAAACCUCACUGCUGAGUUACUUUGCCUUUCUGCUUUAUAGAAGCUUCCUUUUCUACUACAAUUUUGAAGAAUUCUAUUGUUGCACUUUGCUUCGAAAGGUUUUCUAAAGAAUGAUUUAACAGAAGCGCUAGCGUCAAGCAGGGUUGUACACAGAAUAGCUGCAAACCUUAGUAUUUGAAGCACAUUUAAUGACUGGUGUCAAAAUUGCUACAGGGUGAACAGAGUACUUAUUUCUUUGUCUCCUCAUUUAUCUCCAAUUUCUAAAUAAGAGCAAAAGGAGAAAACCGCUGAAAAGCAAACACAGAAUACACUUUAAUUGGAUCUUAUGAAAUAGAACAUAUAAGGAAGAAUGGGCUGUGGAUGUCAUUUUCUCACCAAUGGAAAAAUCAUGCACUUCUACGAGAACCUUCCAGGUCUUAAGUUCUAUUCUCACAUUUUUCCUUUCUGCCUACCUAUUUGUGCCUACAUACAUACAUACAUACAUACAUACAUACAUACAUAUACAUACAUACAUACAUACAUACAUACAUACAUACAUACAUACAUACAAGAUGGUCACAGGGCUGCUGAACCAUCUAUUUUAUGGUUUGACUUCAUUUCUGGCUUAAAACCUACCUUAUUAAAAUCAGAUAUUCAUCUCUUCCACUUACUAAUGAACUGCCAAUGCAUCACUGUCUUUUCAGAAGACCAUAAGAGAAACUUUGAUGGAUCAUACAAAUAUUCUGUCUAAUCCAGCAUCCUGUUUUUCAUAAUAAUGUCUUUGGAAAGCUCACUGACAUUUGUCCUCUCCUAUAACUUGCUGUUCUUUCUCUUCUUUUUGAUUAAGGCAAGGAUGAAGUUAUUUGAGCUUGAUAAAGUGGAUGGGAAAUGUAAACAAUUCACAACAACGUGUUGUUUGUGUUACUGAGCUUGAGUAGCUGGCUUGUGAGAAAUGUAUACAUGCCAAUGCUAAGAAUUUAGCUAUUGUUGCUUUUUCAUUCGAAAAAGUAUUUAAUUCCUGAAGUAUUAUUUUAACUGGUAGCUAUUUUCUUUUUCUUGUUCUAAAAAAAACCAAACAAAACAAAUUUGUUGAAGUGAUGUUGCACAAACUUUUAUUUUGAUGAAGCAUUAAAGCUAGCAAAUUAUACUCUUGUUCACUCAGUAAAUAAGAUUGAUCUUCCUAACAAAAGAAGUUUAAUUUGUAUUUAUGGUUAUUUACAGUAUAAGCUCGCUUGUUCGCAAUACAGUGAGAAAAUAAACACAUUAAAAUAAUUAAACAACAAGAAUCGAUUGUUGUAGGAUUUUUCUUUUUAGUUUAUAAAAAUGUAAAAGGGUAUAUUUUGCAGGCUGCAGUACUCACUUUAUUAAGAAUGAUGCAUGCAUUUUUAAAAAAUGCAAUUUUUGACAGAAUAGACUAUACAUUUUAAAAUUUACAGGCAACCAUCUUACGGAUGUUAAGACUAGUGCCUUUAUAAUCAACUUACUUUAUCUUGAAUAUUAACACUCACUUAUCACUGGUUUGUACUAUUCUUUCCUUAUACAAGCUAUUUCAAUAUGUCCUAUAUGCUUAAUAUAUUAUAAAGAAAGGGCUAAAAAUACUGAUUAAAACCCAUUUUAUGUUUUUCAUCUCAGGGAAAUUUAAUUUUUCCAAAUCAAAAAAGAAGAAAGUUAGAAUUAAAAAAAGAUUAAUAUAUAUUGCUACAUUACACAAUUUUAAAAAAUCAACUGUUCUUCAUUAUAAGAUAUUAAAAUCCUAUGUGUAAAAUAAGCGUCAUUGAAGACAGUAAAUACAUAAACAUUGCUAGAUUUGGACUAUAAAAGAACAAAACAGAAUAAACCUGCUAAGUUAAAAAUAAUUAAAAGUGAUUAAAACUAUCAGAAAGUUUCUUAAGACCACAAUACCUUCAGAGCCUUAUAUGCAUUUCCUCUAUUAUGUUUGAAAUUAUUUACAAAUAAAUUGACAUCUCUUCUUUAUAGACGGUGUCAACUUGCUCAUCUUCCUCUCUUAUUUUAUAUAUGAUAAAUUCAACUCCUAGAACUGCCUUGCCUCUUCUUGAUUGUCAGAUUCUGCAGCUCUUGAGGAAAAUCUGCCUGAUGUUUUUGUCCUGGGUUUUGCUUUUUAUAUGAAUUGAAAUGAAGAUUGCUUUGAAAUUUCUAUUAUUUGUUUAAAUGCAACUCCUACAGCAAGUUUUUCCUUUAUGCAGACCUACAUUGUCAAUUAUAACUUUUGAGAAGAACCACCACUUAAAAUCUAGAAUUGGAGAUGCAUAAAAUAUGGUGACAUCAAAGACAUCAAAUUUUAGACAGGACUCUAAAAUUAAAGACUUAAAAACCAUUGUUAUAAAAAAAUAAAAAAAGACUGUCAAGCUCAUGAGGUAAUGAUAUUGUUAAUGGGACAAUCUCCUGAAAUUUCAAUAAUUUUUAAUUGAGAAAAUUUGACUAGAGCUCCAGGAGAAGAAAAGGUAAUCAGAAAACAUACAAGAAAAUUUUGGCCAUACAUACUAAUAAUGCAUUGACAUAAUAGGUAAUAUCUUUUCAGAUCCUUAUGAAGAAUAAAUUAAAGUUUCUCUUCAUUUUUGCUCUUUUCCAUACCAUGUUUUAACUGCCAGGAUUUUGGAUGAAUAGACUAAUAUUUUUCCCAUUAUUAUUGCCCAGCACUAUAUCCAACAGAUAUCCAGGUGCAAAAUUAGAUCACUUGAUGCAAAAUCUAUGGAGAAACCUUAAAUUAUGAAAUUAGAAAGGGAAUUUGUGUUCAUUCAAGAAUGUUUUUCCUAUGAAUGUAAAUCAUAAAUCAGUGUUUAUAAAUUGGGGGUUCUGUUAGGAAUUCUAUAGUUUCUGAGAUUAGUGAUGAUAAAUGUACAAUGAAAUCUCAUUUAAGUGGACUAAUAGGAAUUGGGAGUUAUUAAGAAAUAUCCAUUAAGUUAGAGAUUUCUCAUAGACCAUAUGUAAAUGAUGAAAAUUUAUAUUAUUUGCAUAAUGAUUACUAUUAUGCAAGUGAUGUUAAUGUGAAAAGUUCCUCCAUUCCACGUAAAAACUAUUUCAUCAAGAUCCAGUUAAUUAUGGUUUUUCUGUUCUUGUUUUUUUUCCUUGGAAUAUUCUCCCUCUUAUAUUCUGUUAACUAAAGGUAAGAUCUUUUCAAUGUUUCCUUUAGUUUGUGGUCUGUCUGAUAUAUCCAGAAAAAAGUUUUACAAAAUUAAAAACAAUUAGUUGAAUCUAGAUUAAGUCAUGCUUACUUGAAAUUGAUGCAUUAAAAGCAAUAGAAGGCAGGAUAAGCUUGAUUCACAAUUUAUUGCAAAUUUGGUCAACUUAAACAUUUUCCAAACUUAUAGGCUGAUUAAAAUUCAUGCGUAUUACAGUUUCCAUACAUUUUUAUGAAGCCGCUUAAAAAAAAAGGUUAUGAAAAUACACGCUAGGAAUAUAAGACACUAUAUAAUGCCUAUAUUGGAAAAGUUCACCAUAUUGGCAACUGAGAAGAAAAUACAUGAAUUAUUUGCAAAAAUGCAUAUAUUACAAAAGCUGUGGCUAAAUAUAGUAGAAAAUUUUGCAAGGAAAUGUAGCAAUUUUAAUACUUUAGAAAAUUCAGAAACUGGUGCAAGAAAUAAAGUAAUAAAAAAGAGUAAUUUGAUAAAAUUUUAUAUUUGUUGAUUUUAAAUAGCAAUGUAUAGAAACUUGAAAAUAUUUCAGUGUUGGUUAAGUUAAAUUCAAAGCAUGUUUGCAUCAGUUUCUGAAUUUUUUAAUGAAUAAAAUAUUGUCCAAAAUUCAUGCUUUUCCAUAUCAUAUAUUCCUUGUAUAUUAAAUGCUCUUUUUUUGCAAAUAAUUUCUCCAUAUGGUACUAUAUGGGUUUCUGAAUAAUUUUAUUUUGUAUGUGAUGUUCAAUUGCAUAUUAUCCUGAAAAAUUCUAAAAGCACCAGGUACAACACAGAUAUAUUCAAUUUUAUGUUUAACCUUUACUGAGAAGCUUAUAUAAUUCUAGUCAAACACAUUUCUCCUUCAUUCCUAACUAUAAUUAAUUAACACAUUCAUUUUUUUCUAAGCAUGUCUUAAUCAGUAACCUAGCCAAAGGUAUUUGUGAGGUGUGCAGUUUAAACUGAAAUGAUCAUAUUUUAUAGAUAGUUUUCAAUUCGUAGAUAUGACACAUAGACACUCAAAUUCUUGAUAGCAACUCUUAAGCUGGGUCUGUGACUUUGUUGCCAGUUGAAAUUACCAUUGAAUUUACCAAAUAUAAAAGUUGUGUAAUUAUGUUGGAAACCAAGGAUUAUGUUGUAGUCCAGUGAAUGGUCCUCUAUUAAGAAAAAUAAAAACCUAGCAGGGUUUGAGGGACAUUUUUUUUUUUUUUUUUGCAUUCAGUACGUACGUUUAUUGUCCUCCCUGAGGCAUAUCACUCUUAUCUUGAUGUGAAAUGCCUCAGGGAGUGAGUAUAUCUAUCCCCAUCUAAAAUAUUGCAGUAAACUUGCUCUAAUGGACUUGAUCAGCCCUUCUGCUUUAAUGGAAGAACUGCCAUUUUUGCCAAAUAAACUACUCUGGCACUUUGAAGGAAAGGAGAUUCACUAGAAUCUUUAUUGAAGGAAAUUACCUUUUCAAAGAUUUACACAGCAUUCAGUAUACCUUUCAACCUCUCACAGGAACAAUUCCAUCUACUCCCUCUUUGGUUUUGUGCAAAGGAAGUCAGCCAAUGGAGUUUAAAAUACAAAUCACCCAAAUUUUUUUGAUUAUAACUGAGUCUCAAAGCUCCAAAUGCCAUCCAUAAAGUUACAGGGGAAACAGGCAUCUCUGUUUCUCUAAUGGGAAUGAAAGGGUCCAUGCCACACUGGAACUCUGCAAUUUUAUCCUUUUUUUCUUCCCUGUCAUUAUUUCAUCCUAUGAAAAAGCACUGUUGUCCUAAAUCGGCAAAAGCACAAUUGUUUUAACUGUAUAUAUUAGAGGAAGGAUAUUUGCAGAAAAUGCCUUCCUAAACAGUACUACUGCUAUUAAACUUGCAGGUCUCAUUUGUGUGCACUGUUGAGAUGUAUUCUGUCAGGAUCAUCUUGUUUAAUGCAGUUUAAUAUUUUGUGUAUAGGAGUUGCUGUUCAAUUCUUUGUUACUUGUACUUGUAAAAUAAAGUCAAUUUCUUUCCUUUUCCA